AAAAAAACAAAAAACCCUAGGAUCCUUAGUUCCUCCCUUUUCUACUUCCAUGGUUUCCCUCCUCCUUUAAAACCCUAGCCUCAAAGUGAAGCAGCGGUUUCCAUCGAGCUCGCCCACACUGAACUUCGUAAAAUGGCACCGAAGAAGGCUGUUGGAAAGGCUUCGGCCAAGAAGAAGCCGGAGAAGGUGGUGAACCCGCUAUUCGAGAAGCGUCCGAAGCAGUUUGGAAUCGGUGGGGCAUUGCCGCCCAAGAGGGAUCUCACACGCUUCGUUAAAUGGCCGAAGGCUGUUCAAAUUCAGAGGAAGAAGAGGAUUCUCAAGCAGAGGCUGAAGGUUCCGCCGGCUUUGAAUCAGUUCACCAAGACGCUAGACAAGAAUCUUGCGACAAACUUGUUCAAGAUGCUUUUGAAGUAUCGGCCAGAGGACAAAGCUCAGAAAAAAGAGCGUCUUUUAAAGAGAGCUCAGGAAGAGGCUGAAGGCAAAGCACAUGAUGCCAAGAAGCCUAUUGUUGUUAAAUACGGUCUCAACCAUGUUACCUACCUCAUUGAGCAGAAUAAGGCUCAACUGGUUGUGAUUGCACAUGACGUGGACCCGAUUGAGUUGGUUGUUUGGCUCCCAGCUCUGUGCAGGAAGAUGGAAAUUCCGUACUGCAUUGUGAAGGGGAAAGCACGAUUGGGAGCGAUUGUUCAUAAAAAGACUGCAUCAGUUUUGUGCUUGACGACUGUAAAGAAUGAAGAUAAGCUCGAGUUUAGCAGGAUCCUUGAAGCUAUUAAGGCUAAUUUCAACGACAAGUACGACGAGUACAGGAAGAAGUGGGGUGGUGGAAUCAUGGGUUCCAAGUCCCAGGCUAAAACUAAGGCAAAGGAGAAGCUGCUCGCCAAAGAAGCUGCUCAAAGGAUGUCUUAGUUUUCAGAGUUGUCAAUUUUUUUUAUGAAGGAAAAAACCAUGGAGACUUACCACCAAUUAUUUUUGGUUGUUAGUUACUUCAACAGCAGAAUUUCGAAGUUUUGUUUACUUAUGAUUGCUUAUUUAAGGAGAGAAAUUGUUGGAGUAUUUUGGUAAAUCUCUAGUUUUAGCCUCAUUUUAAUA